AUGUUUGUUCGUCGUGUAGCAUCCGGCCUGGCCAAGCGUGCCGCCUUCCGCCCCGUCGCCGCCCGCCCCUUCUCGUCGUCCUUUGCCCGCUCGACCCCAAGCCCGGCCAACACUCCAACAAAGUCAAGCCCUUCGAGGNAGAUCCAGAACGAGCAUGACCUGAUGCCCUCCGGUGCCCAGCCCGGUACCGUGCCCACCGACAUUGAACAGGCCACCGGUCUCGAGCGUCUCGAAAUCCUCGGAAAGAUGCAGGGCAUCGACGUCUUCGACAUGAAGCCCCUCGACGCCAGCAGAAAGGGCACCUUGAAGGAGCCCAUUGUCGUCCGCUCCUUUGGCGACGAGCAGUACGUCGGUUGCACCGGCUGCCCCGCCGACUCGCACGUCGUCACCUGGUUGACCAUGUCGCGCGACCGCCCCAUCGAGCGCUGCCCCGAGUGCGGCUCCGUCUACAACAUGGACUACGUCGGUCCCCAAGAGAGCCACGACGCUCACGGCCACCACGGUGACCACGUCGGCCACGCCGACACCGACGGCUCGCACAACUUCGACGGCGAGCCCAAGACCCUCGCCGACUUUGUCCGUCCCGAGUACAGAUAG